CGCCACGCACAGGAGACAUGCCACCCCCUCGUCCUAGACCGCCUGUAAGUGAUCCAUUAUUGGCGCCCACGGGCAGAGGCUCUCGAUCCCCACACACGCCUAGGAGACCUAGGAUUCGUGACAUGACAACAGUUCAGCGGGACGUGUGUGACACGACGUUAUUCGGCACAACAGACAUAGAUUUGGAUUCGACCCGCCGUGUCACGGAGCAUACUGCACGCCUUCAGCUGGGCUUGGGACCCCGUGGCACAAGGACGACCGCGGCGAGGGAGGUACCAGCAUCAGGUUGUGAGCCUCAGCGAGGUUGCGACAAAGGAGUGUCCACCGAGAUCUUGGAGCACGCUUUGAGAGCAGCGAUGCGUGUCGUGCAUGAGCAGACUCCACGCAAGCGUGGAAUGCCUCCUCGUCCACGCCCCGUGCCUGCAGAGGGAGGCGCUGCGCUUGGAGAGAAUUUGGGGGCGGAAGGGUUGGGGUUGCCUCGUGGAUCCCGACGUGAGCAGACGGUUGCAGAGGCUGGUACGAGGGUUGUUGUGUUGAGGAAGGGAGGAGGCCCUGUCACCAUCGAGGAGGAUGAUCCUGAUACGGAUGCAGCAGUGCGGGAGGAGGACGAGGACUGUGAGGGCGAGGAGGAAGGAGAGGAGGAGAAGAAGAGCGGUUCCGAUGGUGACGACGACGACGACGACGAUGAGUCCCCACCUCCCCCACCGACGCGUGCAUCUAGACGCUCCGCUGCGCGGACUUCUUCAUCCGCACGAGGGAGGAGGAGGUCGACAUCCGGCACUCGAGGGGGUACGAAGAGACGGAGCGGGAAGGGGAAGAAGGCUCGUUGACUGAUGAGGCCAACACUCCACUUCUCCCCUACUCGCACUGUACUUCGUCAUGUUCUGCAGUCCUAGUUUUUUUGGUCGUCUCAUCUUGUCUUAGAGGGUUAGACUGACGAUUACAUGAGGGAACAGAGCCGUUUUGGCAUUAAAUUCUCACAGGUUCCCAUAUGGUCAACAAGGGACGUAGACUCAUUAUCACGGGUAGCUAAGUGUGGAGGACUGUCGAGAAAAGUCGACCUGAUCAGAUAGUCGGUCCGAGAAAGUCAACUCCUCGGUGCAUGACAUACAGGUUGGUCUUAAGAGGUUCUACCGCGUGUAUGCCUAUGCUACGACGAUCGAGAAAACGACCUCGGUUGACUUACCUCUACGAUUGCAAGUAAAAGCUUUCGCACGUG